AACCUUUAAUCAAAUAUCAUCAUUUCGUCUCCUUCCUUUUCUCUCUUUUAUCUCUCUCUCUCUCUCUCUCUCAAAGUUAGUAUCUCAUUACACACCUUUACGCUUCGUUUCUAUCUUCUUCUUGGUGUUUUCUUCAGCUUUGGAUUCAGAGAAUGGUUUCAUCAGAUGACUGGACGAAGUGCGCGAUGAGAGAUGGAGAAGUUGUGGCAGAGCUUUUGGUGACGCUUAAAGAAGCCAAAGUAAUCAAGAAUCCGACUGUAGCAGCGCUCCGGUGGGGGAUCCGACAGCCACGGUCUCAGUCUCCAAGAAAAGAAGCUGAAUCUAGAUGUAGUCCAAGUACACCACUGUCUUGGAGUGGCGGUUGUGGUGGUUCUUCUUCUUCUCCAUCUGGUUAUGUCGAUGGUUACGAAGCUACUAGUCGUCGAAUCAGUUCCGUUGGAUCUAGAUCCAAGGUUCUUGUAACCGCAGACUUGGAUUUUGAUGUCAAGAAGUUACAGAAGAAAAAGGACAUUGCAUUGCUCAGAUCACCAUUUAGCGAGAACAAUGACUUGAAGAGAAUGAAGAUGGAUCAUAGUCAAAAUCCCGUAGAGAAUGAGAUUUCUAAGGCGGAUGGCAAUUUCCUGCUACCAGAUUUGAAUAUAAUGCCAUGUGAGGAAAAUAGUCACUACUAUCCGUCUUUGGGUGUGGAAACGACACUAUAUGGGAUAAGGAUCUUAAGAUGAAAGGAACUCAACUUUAACCAUUAGAAAAGUGGUUUGAGAACCUGGUUUGAUCAGAGUAAGGUGAUCUGAUCAUCUUUUGGCUGGGCUUUUGAAAAGGGGUUCGCCAGUUCUCGCCACGCAUGAGCUCGAAAAGAUGAAAAGAUCUUUCUACGUAUAAAAAAUUCCUCAGAUGAAGUUUCCAUUACAUUGUGGAGUGGUUUUUAUAAAGAUAAUGUGUAAGAUAAGACAAAGCUAAGAGGAAAAUAUAAUUUUUGAUAACUUCUUUGUAGCAACAACAAAAAUAGAUAUUUCGUGUUAUUUUGUCUAUAUUA